CGAGGAAGGAAGGCGUCACGGGUCGAUCGUCGAAGAGCAUCUCCCCUUUCUCUUCCUCUCCGCUCUCUCUCGGAGCAGCAUUCUUCGCCGAUCCGCAUCCAUCCUCCGCUGCGAUGGGAAUCUACUGUUGUUCGUACGAUCUUCUUCGACCCGUCCUCUUCCCCUUCUUCGCAGCCCUUCUUCUUGUUGGAUCGUCGUUGGGCCGAGCGGACUCCGACUUCUUCGAUCCCACUCGGGUCACCCAGCUCUCGUGGCGCCCCAGGGCUUUCCUGUACAAGCGGUUCCUUUCCUAUGACGAAUGCGAUCACCUUAUGACGCUGGCAAAGGAUAAGCUGGAGAAAUCCAUGGUUGCGGAUAAUGAAUCGGGUAAGAGUGUGAUGAGCGAGGUUAGGACGAGCUCUGGAAUGUUCCUUGAGAAGCGCCAGGAUGAAGUCAUUGCAAGAAUUGAGAAGAGGAUUGCUGCUUGGACCUUCCUUCCAGAAGAGAAUGGCGAGUCCAUGCAAAUACUGCACUAUGAACUUGGGGAAAAAUAUGAGCCACAUUUUGAUUAUUUUCAUGACCAAACCAAUCAACAACUUGGCGGUCAUCGAGUUGCCACCGUAUUGAUGUACUUAUCCAAUGUUCAGAAGGGUGGGGAGACCAUCUUUCCCAACUCAGAGGGUAAGUUAUCUCAGUUGAAGAAUGAUACCUGGUCAGAUUGUGCAAAAAAUGGUUAUGCAGUAAAACCUGAAAAAGGUGACGCCUUGCUCUUCUUUAGUCUCCACCUUGAUGCAACAACAGAUCCUAAAAGCUUGCAUGGAAGCUGCCCUGUUAUAGAAGGCGAGAAGUGGUCUGCAACAAAAUGGAUUCAUGUGAGGUCUUUCGACAAACCAGAGAAAAACAGGUCAAGCGAGGCAUGUGAAGAUGAGAAUGUUCUUUGCCCACAGUGGGCUGCAGCAGGAGAAUGUGCAAAGAAUCCUCUCUAUAUGGUAGGAUCCAAGGAUUCACUUGGAUUUUGUAGAAAGAGCUGCAAUGUAUGCUCUUUGUAGGUUACCAGUUAUGUGGUAGUGCAGUCUUACUCAGCAUAGUUUUGAUUGUAUACAUAGCAUUCGCUGAAAGCAAAUGAAAAGGACAGGAAACCUGAAAUCUAGUCCAUAAUUUUCUUAUGGUUUUUA